AGAACCCCAGGGACACACCAUGAUCAGAACUCUACUGCUAUCUGCAUUGGUAGUUGGAGCUCUCAGCUGUGGGAGCCCCACGUAUGCACCCCAGGUGUCCAGGGUGGUUGGAGGUGAAGAUGCAAGGCCCAACAGCUGGCCCUGGCAGGCCUCCCUGCAGUACAGCUCCAGUGGCAAGUGGUACCACACCUGCGGAGGGUCCCUGGUGGCCAAUAACUGGGUCCUGACAGCCGCCCACUGCAUCAGCUCCUCCAGGACCUACCGCGUGGUGCUGGGCCGGCAAAGCCUCUCCACUGAGGAGUCGGGCUCUGUGGCCGUCCAGGUGUCCAAGAGAGUGGUGCAUGAGAAGUGGAACUCCAACAAGGUGGCCAACGGGUAUGACAUUGCCCUGCUCAAAUUGGCUUCAGCUGUCUCCCUGAGCGACAAGAUCCAGCUGGCCUGCCUCCCAGCUGCUGGCACCAUUCUCAGCAACAACUACCCCUGCUACGUCACCGGCUGGGGAAGGCUGCAGACCAAUGGGGCUGCUGCUGACAUCCUGCAGCAGGGCCGCUUGCUGGUCGUGGACUACGCCACGUGCUCCAGGUCCGGCUGGUGGGGCAGCACCGUGAAGACCAGUAUGGUCUGCGCUGGGGGUGACGGCGUGAUCUCCAGCUGCAACGGGGACUCCGGGGGGCCGCUGAACUGCCAGGCAGCCACCGGCAAGUGGGAAGUGCACGGCGUGGUCAGCUUCGGGUCCUCCCUCGGCUGCAACUACUACCACAAGCCCUCCGUCUUCACACGGGUCUCCAGCUACAUCUCCUGGAUCCAGUCGGUGAUUGCAAAUAACUAACCAAAAGAAGUCUCCAGGACUGUUUCAGACUUGGAAAGGUCACAGAGGGAAAAUGAUAUUAUAAUAAAGUAACAACU